AUGUCUCUAAAGCGUCUGUACAACGCUUCACCAGAUACAAUUAUAUUACUGUGCAUAUGUGCCAUCUUAGCAAGUAUAGAAUGCCGACCCCAACCGCAGUUUGGUUUAUUCGCCAAAACAGUACCGCAAGUAUUAAAAUAUAACUUCCAGAAUUUCCUCAGGGGAUUUUCGUUUAGCGUAGACACUAGUGACCAAUUCCAUCAUGAAGCUAGAGGGGAACUGAGGUCGGAAACUGGUAGAGAAGAAGAUGAAGGAAUCGAGGUUCAAGGAUUUUAUAGUUACAUAGGAGAUGAUGGGAAAGAAUACAGAGUAGAUUAUACUGCCGGAAAGAAUGGGUUUGAGCCGGCUGGUACACAUUUACCACCUUCGGCUGGCGUGAAAAAAUUGGGAAUGGCACCAUCACCAUGCCUAUUGGCUUCCAUUGAUGGUUGCGGAUUGGGUUGA